UUAAAAGACCUCUUGUUUAGAAAAUUGUUCCAUUUACAAAACUAGAAGAUUUUCAUACAUUCUGUUUACAAUUUUGUAUUCACUAUACAUUUAUGUCGGGAGCAUUUUCGAAUUAUACUUUGAAUGUUUUUACUUUUAGAGAUAUUUCCCAUCUAAGUUUAGUACAAAAUUAUUCACUUUCUUUCAUCACACAUUAUAACUCGAGUUAGGUUUACAUUCACACCUUAAUUCGAAAAAGCACCCGUAGAUGUAUCAUUCCUUUACAAAGAAAAGUCACCCUCCUCCUAAAAGCUUUUAUUGUUUUGUAUGUGGAGUUUAAAACGUACGUAACACUCUCUGAAAAAAUGAACUCUGUGAAAGAGUUUUUUUUAAAAGUUCAUUAAUUUCUAACUCAUUCGUCUCCAUAGUAACGAAUGUAUUUUUAACACAUUCUAUGUGAUGCGCACAUGUCCACUCACUUCCGCACUUUGAUCAUAACGAAAGAACAUGGGUAAGAUAACAAAUAAUAAUAAGAAAGGACAAAGCAGUGAUAAAAAUAACGAUUGCUGUUUUUUGUAAUCUUUUGUGACGGUAAUUACAUUAUCAUAAAAGUUUGCUCAUCGAAAGUGAGUAAAAAUUAUUCCCAAGAUGAUGAAUUUAUGAACAUUCACAAAUGUGUUUUUCAGAGUACAAUAAGUUAUGUGUGUUAUGAAUGUAAAGUAGGUUUUUUGGAAUAAAGACAUUCUUUCAUAUUGUUUUUUCUUUUCUAUCAAAAAGCUCGUAUUCGAUUCUAUACGAAUGUGUAAAAAUUUUUUUUUUUAAAAAAAAUGAGAUUUUUUUCCUUACUCACCUUAAAAACUCUUUGAUUGUCAACCAGUAUAAAUAUUUUUUAACUUUUUAAAGAAAUUCUGGUUCUAGCGCUCAACUGGUUAUGUGGGAUAGUUCUAUGGUUAUUGUGCAACAAAGGUUAUUAUCAGUCAAACCGAAAAAAAUAUAACAUGCUAGUUCAGACACGAAAGCAAGAUGAAUUGGUUGUUUGGUAAAAAUUUAGAAGUUUCUUCUUUAACUUCCACCACUCCACUUCAACAACAGCGUUUGAAGCAGAUAAAAAGUUUAAAUACAUACCACCAAAAUGUUGUAGAGGUAAAGCGAGAUUCAGAAUAUACUGUAUCAUUUCAUUGUUGUGCAAAAACUAUUAUAUUAAAAAUUGUCUUACCAAAACAAUUCCCAAAUGAGAAGCCUAUUGUAUAUGCUCUACCUUCUUUUACACAUCAAUGGGUGGAUGAUCAGAUGCGAGUUGUUGGAUCACCAGGCUUAAACAUGUUUUACAUGCAUUCAGAUCUUGGAAAAGUCAUACAGCACAUAAUAAAAGAGUUUAAAAAGAACCCACCUCAAUUUUCUUCAUCAAGGGAUUACGAAGCUCCUCCAAUACCUUCUGGUUUUUCAUCUUCGUAUCAAUCAACUCCAAUUAGUAAUUUCAUUAAUACGCCGACCUCUACAAACCAGGAUGCCACAGUUAGGCCUCCAUUGUAUACAAGCUCCCGCAAAGUUGUUAGUAACAAGACAUCGUGUGGUAAUUUAGAAAUUGAUGCGGUGAUGGACAAACUGGAUCAAUUACAAAAAGAUGAGUUAGAACGAAUCUCCAAUAACCCUGAACUGUUGCUUGACUACAUAUUAGAAAUGCAAUCAGUUGUAAAUUUACAAGCUGAGAGGGCGAAACUUGUGGAAGACAAUGAAAACAUAGCUCAAAAAAAUAUGUCUUUGGAACCAGUUAUAGAAGAUUUAAAGGGUGAACUAAAAGAAAUGUUUGAAGAAUAUAAUGACAUAUAUAACAAGUUUCAAGUGGGAGCAAGAAUACAAGAUGAAUAUUGGCAGAUAUUUGACGUCAACACCAUCAGUACUAAUCUUCGUAUAAGUCUCAUGCAAUCAGAAGAAGAAUCUGAAAAGAUAGCAGAAGAUUUUCUUCAAGGGAAUAUAUUGCUGGAAGAAUUUCUUCCGAAUUUUCUGAAGAAGAGAAAGCUUUGUCACUUCAGAAGAUCGAAAGAAGAACGAGUUAAAAUAUUGCAACCAUACUAGGGCGGGAUGCCAUGUUGUAUUUUUGGUGUAAUAAGGUGUUAGAAGUAAAAAGAAUGUUUCCACCACCAA